CCAUUCACUGCAGAAGCCCCUCAGGCCAGUGACUGCAGACUUUUGGCUGUGGGGUGCUCCCUCCCUUCUGCUCUUGGGGCAGGGGAAGUGGGCAUUACAGCUGCCCUCCUCUCUCACAGCUUGGGCUGGGAUGAGGUCACAGGGUGGAGUCCUCCCUAAGAUACUGGUCUGGCUGGGGUGAGCCCUUUGGGUGUUUCUCAGCCUCCCCCUCUUGGCUGGGGGACAGGAUGGGUGGAGGAGCAGGCUGCCCCCAUGCCAGGCAGGGAGCACUACCUCCCUUCUUCCUCUCCUCUGGGUCCCUUCAUCUGAGAGCUGGAAAUAGAAUCCGCUAAGUAAUGAUUAAAGUCAAAUUCAAACCUAAAAAUAAAGAGCUGGUGAAGAAAGAGCUAGUAUGCUCCCUGCAUGGCUGAGGGGAGAAGCGAGCAGGGAGAGGUUGGCCUUAGGCUGAGUCUCUGCUCCCUGUUAGGGGCUGAAGCCCACCAGGGGAUCAGAAGAGCACCACCCAUUGAAUACUUGGUUAUCAGGUACUGUGUAGCACCAUUGGUUGGAGACUGCACCAAUUGGAGGUAGACUGGCAGGACCAAUAGAGAGUCCCAUUUCUCCCAUGGGGAAACUGAGGCCCAGAGGGAGAAGUGGUUUGUCCAGGACUGUCCACACCAUACCUGAGGAGCACCCCUUGGCAGGUCCCCAGGGGCUGGAGUACCCCAGGCAGCCCAGCCCACCUUUUCCGCCUAAUGGGUUUCUCUUCCUGGUUUUGAGGUGUUGUGAGGGGGACAGCUUCUCAUCACACAUGAGCUAUGUACGCCUUGGCAGGGGCUAGGCCUCUGACCGCAGCUUCCCUCUGCCUCUCCCCUCCCCUUCCCUGGUCUGGGCCCGGAGGAGGAGUCAAGGAAAGAGCAGGAAAGGCUGUGGUGCCCCCCUGCCUGUGCUUCCAGCACGGUUGGAACCCUGUGGGCCAGGGAAAGCCUGGGUGUCACCUGACCCCUGGCCAGCUGAGCACCUGGUCCUCACCCAGCCCCAUGCAUCUGUGUCCUGUGCUGUCCACACUGCAGGGAGAUCAUAGGGGAGAAUGAAGAACCAGUAGAGACCAGACUCAGAGGAGUCAAUUAGGGAAGGCCUGUGGCUCCGACUUCCGGCAGGGCUGCUCUAAUGGUACCAAAGUGACAGGUUAGCCACCCUGUGACACAGGCACGCAGAUUUCCUGAGAAGAUGUCGGCAAUACAGGCCGCUUGGCCAUCCGGUACAGAAUGUAUUGCCAAGUACAACUUCCACGGCACUGCCGAGCAAGACCUUCCCUUCUGCAAAGGAGACGUGCUCACCAUUGUGGCUGUCACCAAGGACCCCAACUGGUACAAAGCCAAGAACAAGGUGGGCCGUGAGGGCAUCAUCCCAGCCAACUAUGUCCAGAAGCGGGAGGGCGUGAAAGCUGGCACCAAACUCAGUCUCAUGCCCUGGUUCCAUGGCAAGAUCACACGGGAGCAGGCCGAGCGGCUUCUGUACCCGCCAGAGACAGGCCUAUUCCUGGUGCGGGAGAGCACCAACUACCCCGGGGACUACACGCUGUGUGUGAGCUGUGACGGCAAGGUGGAGCACUACCGCAUCAUGUACCAUGCCAGCAAGCUCAGCAUCGACGAGGAGGUCUACUUCGAGAACCUCAUGCAGCUGGUGGAGCACUACACCUCAGAUGCAGAUGGGCUCUGCACUCGACUCAUCAAACCAAAGGUCAUGGAGGGCACGGUGGCAGCCCAGGACGAGUUCUUCCGAAGUGGCUGGGCAUUGAGCAUGAAGGACCUGAAGCUGCUGCAGACCAUUGGGAAAGGGGAGUUUGGAGAUGUGAUGCUGGGCGAUUACCGAGGGAACAAAGUAGCCGUCAAGUGCAUCAAGAACGAUGCCACUGCCCAGGCCUUCUUGGCUGAAGCGUCGGUCAUGACGCAACUUCGGCAUAGCAACUUGGUACAGCUUCUGGGUGUGAUCGUGGAGGAGAAGGGCGGACUCUACAUCGUCACUGAGUACAUGGCCAAGGGGAGCCUGGUGGACUACCUACGGUCGCGCGGACGGUCGGUGCUGGGCGGAGACUGUCUCCUCAAGUUCUCACUAGACGUCUGUGGGGCCAUGGAAUACCUAGAGGGCAACAACUUUGUGCACCGGGAUUUGGCUGCCCGCAACGUGCUAGUAUCCGAGGACAAUGUGGCCAAGGUCAGCGACUUCGGCCUCACCAAGGAGGCCUCUAGCACCCAGGAUACGGGCAAGCUACCAGUCAAGUGGACAGCCCCUGAGGCCCUGAGAGAGAAGAAAUUCUCCACUAAGUCUGACGUGUGGAGCUUUGGAAUCCUUCUCUGGGAAAUCUACUCCUUUGGGCGAGUGCCUUAUCCAAGAAUUCCCCUGAAGGAUGUCGUCCCUCGGGUGGAGAAGGGCUACAAGAUGGAUGCCCCCGACGGCUGUCCGACGGCCGUCUACGAGGUCAUGAAGAACUGCUGGCACCUGGAUGCUGCCAUGCGGCCCUCCUUCCUGCAGCUCCGUGAGCAGCUCGAGCACAUCAAAACCCACGAGCUGCACCUGUGACCGUCUGACUCUGCCCAGGCCAUGGGCCUGUGGGGACUGGACCUGGAGAGACUGUGGGCCUGGUGCCCCUGCUCACUGGGCCCAAACCUGAACUGAGCCCCAGCGGGCCGGGGGCCUCUUUGCUCCAGCCUGUGCCCCCUCUGGCCCCCCAGGGACCCCACCUAGGCCUGGCAUCUUCUCAUGGACCCACCUGUGGGUCAUGGACUCACUCUAAAGAGGUCAAGAAGGAAGGAGGCUGAGGAGCGGGAGGCAGAUGCCCCCACCACGGCCAGGUCUCCCCUGGCCUCCCAUCUCUCGCCUUCUUAGAGUUUUAUUCAUUUCCUUUUUUGAGAUUUUUUUCUGUGUGUUUAUUUUUUAUUAUUUUUCAAGAUAAGAAGAAAGAAAGUACCCAGCAAAUGGGCAUUUUACAAGAAGUACGAAUCUUAUUUUUCCUGUCCUGCCCGUGAGGGUGGGGGGCGCCAGGCCCCUCUCUAGGGACCCACGCCCCACCCUUGUUCCCCAUCCCGUGUUGCGUGUCCCAUGUCGCCUCGGUCGCCCGUGUUUGCGCUUGACCAUGUUGCACUGUUUGCAUGCGCCCGAGGCAGACGUCUGUCAGGGGCUUGGAUUUCGUGUACCGCUGCCGCCACCCACCUGCCUUGUGAGAU